AUGGGGGGGAAGAAGAAGCUCUUGCAAGCGUACACGAGGAUCACGGGGGAGUGGCACCGAAUGCCCAGCGUGUUCGCGAACAUCCCGUUGCAAGUCCACAACUUGACAGCGGACCAGGAGGAGCGCCUGCGCGCGGGGAAGUACGUUCCUUGGCUCCAAUUCCGCACCCCACCGCACUACAGCAAGGUCGAAGUUCGGCAGUACCUGGAGCGCCUGUACGGCGCUGAGGUGCUGGAGGUGCACAGCGCCGUGUACGAGGGACGGAAAAAGCGCGUCCAGCUGCGACGGAAGCUGAUGUUCUCGGGGCCGGACAAGGGGAAGAUGGCCUGGCAGCCAGCGGCCACGAACCGCUACUACCGGGAGCCGGACUGGAAGAAGUUCCAGGUGGUGUUCAAGCCCCCCCCCGAGCUCCAGGAGCACAUGCCAGAGAUUCCCCCGGGGUACAAAGGGGGGGACAAAUUCGAGGGCGGGUUCCGGACGUGGAUGACCAACGCGGUCGAAGAAGCCGAGCGGAAGCUCGAGGCAGCCAAGGCCGCCGGCAAGCAGUCCGUUGGCAGCUGA